GUGACCGGAGUGGAGAACCUGCUGCGACUCGCCAGGCAGCUGGACCAGAACCUGUUCCAGAACCAGAACCAGAACCUGGAGGAGGUUCUGACCGAGGAAGGUCAGGGCCCCGAUUCUUUUGGACCGGAACCACAGUCAGACCCAGACUUCCUGCAGGACGACCUGGACUUCCUGUUUGACGGUCCGACCCAGACGCCGAGCAGAACCCCGAGUCGAGGUCCGACUCAGAACCGACCCGGUUCAGCGUCCCUGUGUGGUUCUGGUCCAGCCAGCUCCGGGAUGUGCAGCGGACCCAGGUCGGUUCAGAACCAGUUAGAGAACGACGACCUGCUAAACGACUCGCUGGUUCUGGAGAGGACCCAGAACCCGGACCGCUUCCUGGUUCCGAAGCUCUGCUCCACCCAGAACCCGGCUGGUUCUGGUCAGGGUUGGGUCGCUCCAUCUGUCGGAACCAGAACUGAGAAAGAGAACCUGGACCCAACCUGGAACCCAGACUGGAGUUCUGGUUCUGGGAAGUGGGUCCAAACAAGACCAGAACAGAACCGGUUCUCCUCCGUCUCCAGAGCACCAGAACCGGGUCAGAUGUGGAACUUGGAACCAGAAUCCCAGUGGUUCUGGAGCGACCCAAUGAACCGGCCCGGUUCUGAAGGGCCGGAAGUCCUGGGCCAUCUGGACUCUGUGUUUGGGUCGGAACCGGUCUGGGACGGCCCGGCUGAUGAGCUGCUGUGUGAGAUGUGUGAAGAGUUGGAGAACCGGAUCCGGGUCCAAACGGACCAGACCGGGUCCGAUCAGAGGGCGGCGCUGCAGCCGACCCCCAGAAACUCUGGGAACCGGAUCCGACCGGACCCGGCCGGACCGGCUGGCUGCUCUUUGGCCGCUGCUCCGGUGAAGCAGCCAAUCAGCGGCGCUGUGUUCAGGAACAGAACCGGGUCAGAACCGUCUGCGGCUCUGCGACCCAAAGAUGCCGGUCUGGAUGGGGUCCGGCACUUCACCUUUGGGAGGCCCGGCGAACGGGUAACCAUGGCAACGGAGAGAGGGAAAUGCUCGGCCGCUGAAAUCGAGCGGAAGAAGCAGCAGGCGCUGGAGAGGCGGCGGUGGCGGCUGCUGGCCCCGACCGGAACCGGCUGACCCGGAACCAGUUUAUUAUGUUGUGGAUUUAAAACGGAGAUGAUGCGUUCAGGGACCGCAGGACAAGCCGCAGCUAACUAGUUUGAAAUUGUGCAAUAAUACAAAAGCUUUGAUUAUUACAGGAUGUCUGUAAUAAUUUGGACUCUUUUUCUGUUGGUUCUGAAAUGUACAUUAUGAAAAUUCCUUAAAAAUGGUUUUCAAGAUUCAGAAACAUCAACAGUUUAUUUCGUUUAUGUUUUAUCCAUAAAGCUGAUGAUUUCUGGCGGACUGGAAUCAGUCUACCUUCUGUGAUGUCAUCAGGAGCUGCCGAGGCUAAUUAGCGGUUUCCUGUUGUACUGUCCCUUUAAGGCCUCAGCAGCCUCCUCACUGGAUUUCCACCUUGUUGAAUCUGAUGGUCAUUAAAGGAUUUUACCUGA